AGGGGAGGAGCCUGUGCAAGACUGAAGGGGAGGAGCCGGUACAUCUGUGCAAAACUGAAGGGGAGGAGCCGGUACACCUGUGCAAGACUGAAGGGGAGGAGCCGGUACACCUGUGCAAAACUGAAGGGGAGGAGCCGGUACACCUGUACAAGACUGAAGGGGAGGAGCCAGUACACCUGUGCACGCCUGUGUUCAGCUUUACACUUGUACAAGACUGAAGGGGAGGAGCCGGUACACCUGUGCAAGACAGAAAGGGAGGAGCCGGUACACCAGUACAAGAUUGAAGGGGAGGAGCCGGUACACCUGUGCAAGACUGAAGGGGAGGAGCCGGUACACCAGUACAAGAUUGAAGGGGAGGAGCCGGUACACCUGUACAAGACUAAAGAGGAGGAGCCGGUACACCUGUGCAAGACUGAAGGGGAGGAGCCGGUACACCUGUGUAAGACUGAAGGGGAGGAGCCGGUGCACCUGUGCAAGACUGAAGGGGAGGAGCCGGUACACCUGUGCAAUAUUGAAGGUGAGGAGCCGCUACACCUGUGCAAGACU